AUGGGGAAGUUUCAUCUGCAGUUUUUUGUUGUGCUGUCGAUAGUGAACCAUUCGCUGGUCUCGGCCCAAGGCCAAGCACCAACUUCAACAACGGAAUCUACAACGGAGUCCACGACUGAUUCGACGACGGAGUCGACAUCUGAGCCCACGACGGGGUCGGCAACUGGGUCAACAACGGGGUCAGCAAGUGUUUCGAGUACAGCGGGUAGUGGGGAAACAACGCAGGUCACAACCGCUUCGACAACAGCUUCUACUACUGAAGCUUCGACCACUACUAUUCCGUAUGAGGAGGACAACCGCCUCUGCCCACAAAACCGUGGCAUGAAAGACACAUUAAGAAUAAGGGCAUCAAUGGCUCACAAUUACCGGAGGAAUACAAUUGCUCAAGUGAAGAAUGGGCCAGGAAAUCUGCGGUAA